UCAAACAUCAAAACAGACACAAUUUUAAAUGCCAUAUCAAUCAUGGAUAAGUUUCCUUUCAUUCAAAUCAAAGAUGUUAAGCUUAUUAUAAAGGCUAUUAAUAGUUUGAGCAAAUCUAUUUCCAUAUUAGUAAAUAGCUGCAUAGAUAAAGAUGAUUAUAGGAAACAGUUGAGAGCACUAUCUAAUCUCCAAGCCGAUUCUGUCAAAAAUGGAACCUAUUUUGAAACUGAAAAACAAGACUUAUUAAAAUUAUUGAGUACUCCUCAAAUGAAACUCGCUUGUCAGUUGGCAAGUCAUUAUAAAGAGAGCAAAUUGGUUAUUUUCAAGCAGAUUAUCGAGUAUCCUUUAAAUAUAGCAAAAGAUGAUUUAGCCGAUUUGGAUAGAUACUAUUCCAAUGAUAUUCCAAACACAGAUUAUAAUAAAAAUGAGCGUAAUACUGUGCUCAAUCCCAUGAAUAUUAUUUUCGAAAAUCCUUUAAAAUCAAUGCUCCCUUUAAAUUUUGAAAAUCUUCCAAACAAUACUUUUUUUAAUCCAGAUUUAGUUUUACCUUUAAUAUUUCAAAGCAAGUUUAAUCAUUUGAAAAAAUUCGCCAGUCUCGAAUAUAACAAAUCAGUUGAAAACAAUUUUCGCUUAAUCAAUUUGGGUAAAUCUUUUUACAAAUACUCUUUAUUUUAUUUUUUGAAUCACAAAAUCAACGAUUUAAGUAUUGAAAAGAUAUUUUCCAUAUAUUUUUCAAUGUUUGAUGUAAGGUUUAUUUCAAAUUUUUUUUUUUAUUUUCAAAUAGAUAAAAAAUUAAUUUCUUAUUUGUCAACACAAAAUUUAACUGAUAUCACAAUUAAAAAUGUAGAAGAAAUUUUAUCCUCAAAUUUCUUAAGCUACUUUGAUAUUUUAAAUUUAUUUUCCAAUUUUUUUUUCUCAUCUCUUGGUGCAUCCAUUUAUCUAGAAAACAAUUUCAAUUUUGCUUAUGAAAUAGUUCAAACUUUAUUUAUUAUCUAUCGUGACAGCUUUAAGAAUAAUUUUGAGCAGGAUCCUAAAAACAGUUUUAAAAACAAUUUGAGAUUUGAGUUUAAUGAUGAAUUUUUAAUUGAUGAUAAUAAUCGAAAACACUUUUCAUUUGAGAAUUUAGAAAAUAAUGAAAUUUAUAAUGAAGUUCCAAAUCUUAAAAUAGAGCUGAGUAAAUAUGAUCAAUUUAAAAAAACUUUUAAUCACCCUGAUGCUUAUGAUAUUUUUGAACUUCGAAAAUCAAUAAAAUCGAUAGAUAACUGUGCCUUUUUAUUUCAACAACAAAGUGGAUCUUUUUAUAAAGUUCGCUUAACUCCUUUGGGCUAUUUUGUUUCAGUUGGAUAUGGGACAUCGAUAGAAGAAGCUGAAUACUAUUGUACUAAAAAUUGUUUAAAAAAUCUCAAAAAAUUGGAACAAAUUAUUGAAAAUAGUCACCAAAAUACAUUAUAUACGAAUCAAAUUAUCAAGUUGAUUUGUUCGCUUAAAGAAAAAUAUAAUAUUUUGGAUAAUUUUGACACAAAUGAUAUUGAAAUGGAAAAUAAAACUGAAAAGGAUAAAGCAAGUGGCUAUAAUAGCGAUUAUAAUGCAGGCCAAGAGGAAUUUAAAAAGGAAACUCAUCAUGAUCAAUCAUCAAAUUCACCAGAACAAAAUUAUCAACAAACAUUUUCAAGUGCUAGUUCUAGUUCGAAUUUAAAUCCAGGUUUUAAUUCAAAUGCAAACAUAUUAAAUAUUGAUUGGGAUGCUAAGAAUAAAUUGUAUGGAAAACUAGGUAAAGUCAAACUCAUCCCAAUUUAUCGAUUUGAUUUAGUUUCUGGACGCAGUCGUGCAAGAAUUUAUGUUCGAAAUAAUUUGUUAGGAGAAGGAGUUGGGCAAAACAAAAAACAUUCUGCUCAAAUAGCUGCGAUGAAUGCAUUAAAAAAUACUGAUAUUUUAAAUAAUUUGAGAAACGAGGACUUGGAUUAAUUUUCGAUAAAUAAAUUAUUGAAAAACAUUACAAUAAAAUAAGACUUGGAAACUUUCGAGUAGCAAGAUUUUAGAACUGAAUUGGAUUGAGUGAAUGGGAAAGCUUUUAUUGAGUUAAAUUUGGUUAUCUAAAUGGUCUAAAUGGUAAAUGAUAAAAAAAAAUAAUAAAAAAUAAUAAAAAAAGAAAAGCAAAUUGGGUUUGAAUCUUUUAAUAAAAGAUGAGAUGUUAUCAAUGUUUGUUCAUGAAUGUUUGUUCAUGAAUGUUUUUUUAGAGAGCAUUUUGAUUGACUCAUGUGACUGUUCAUUGAGUUGAUGGUUAAUGGUUAUUGAUUGAUGUAUUAUAUGUGUUUGAAGAUUUUCCAUCAGCUCGGAGUUCGGAAAAUAUGUGUAAAUUAGUAAAUUAGUAAAUUAGUAAAUUUUUAAUAUAGUGUAUCUCUAUAUAGAUGAGAUUUAAAGAAAAUAUUUCUUUGAUUUUGUAUUUUAACAUAAUUCAAC